AUGUUGGGUAACGGAGCGCCACAACCGCCGCAGCCGCCGCACAUGCGAAAUAGUAGCAGCUCCAACAAUCAAUAUCCUCGUCAUAUGAGUACCGGCAGCUUGAAUAUCCCAAAUGGUCAAUCAGGUCCUACCAAUGGUGGUUCUGCUAUAGGAGAUGGUGUUGCGAGAAGUCCUCCUACUAGACAAAAUACCGGUCAUGUUCCGUGCAAAUUCUUUAGACAGGGUACUUGUCAAGCUGGUCAAGCUUGUCCUUUCAGUCAUGAUUUAGCUGGUACAACUGAAAAUGUCUGCAAAUACUUUUCAAAGGGUAACUGCAAGUUCGGACCGAAAUGCGCAAACAUACACGUUCUUCCCGAUGGCAGACGAAUCAAUUAUAGCAAGAACAUGCCACCAAUGACACCGGGACAUCUGAACCUUGGAGGGAGAAUCAAUCCAGAUCCUUAUCAUGGACAGAGUUCGGCUUUAACCAAUUCCUUCGUCCGAGCUCAACUUGUCCCCUCUACACCAUACAAUCAACCCUACUCACCUUUUAUAACACAAGAGGAUGUAUUUAUUCCUAUGGUUGGCAGACAACAGAGUAUUGAUAUCAACAUUCCGACAAUCGAUACGAGUUAUGCAUCACAUCCAGGAUCAAAUUAUGGCUCGCCUAGAGAUGAUACGAUGGAUCGAUUUGGCCUCGGGCUUUCGCCAACUGCAGUGAAGGGAUUAAGUGUGUUGGAUGCUCCUCUACCAGCUUCAUUUGAUAGUAAUGGUGUCUCGUGGAUUGCAAGACAUGGACCAGUAGCAGCUUCAGUUCCUACAAAGUUCGGUAUUGAUUCGCCCUUAUCAUCGGUUGGUGCAACAAAGCCAUCGGAUGCCUUGAGAAACUUGCAUAGCUCUGCAUUCGGAGACGAUACCAAGGAUCGAUUUUACGGGAUUGCGUCAUCUACACCAUCCGAGGAGUAUUUUGGAAAGCGCACCAUGCACUCUCAGCGCAUGGCCAAACCAAAGAAUACGUCAGCGAGUCUUCCCAAGGAGCAAGACUGGGGAGAGGCUUUUACAUUUGAAGAAGAUCUAUUACCAGAAUCUCUCAAUGAUCUUAUGACACCAGCAGAGAAAGCUAGAAGAGGGUCUCGGGCAGCUUACGAUGAAUCUAAGCCAUCCCGAGGAUUUUACGAUGAAGCAAGAUCUGCUUACAGUGGAUCAGGCACUCCCAGCAAUGAUACUCCGCUUAAAUUCGGUUCUCCAUUAAACGCAAGCCCUUCUAGAUGGGGUCCUUACUUCCAACAGAAACACAAGGAAGACGACGAAAAGAUUUCUCGAGCAUCAGCAUACGGACAUGUUGGUUCCCCACUCCGCAACUCACUUCUUCAUGAAGGAGCUAGUCCUAGCUCAAGACCGAAUGCUCGACCUAUUACAUCCGGUGAUGCAUCUCCAUAUCUUGCAUCUCCACCCCGUCAAACAUCCAUGUCUAUCAUUUCACAACAGCUUCAGAGAACUCGUCUCUCCAGAGCUGAAUCCAAUGGUAGCGAACCUAGCCUUCUCUCAUCAUCUGCAGCCCGCACCAUAACUACUCCAAUUGGUUCUGGUCGAUCGGCUUUCGCAGCUGAUAAACAACCUAGCUCAAGCAGUGUUGGUAAUAGUGGCAGAUUUACAACACCUAUUGAUGAAGAACAAGGUGACUUCGUUUUCAACAUGGAGGGUAUGGAUGAUGACGAGAGAAUUCGAUCCAGUGGUCCUUGGAACAUUGUUGGAAGUAAAAAAGCUCAAGCUUAA